GUGUGGAGUUGCAAUAUGCUGGCAAUGCCAUUGCAAUGUGCCUUUGCAACAGUGACCUGCUACUGUCUGCAUCUUGCUUCACUGUCCACUUGUCUUUCUUUAUUGUAUUUACUGUCUUUACUCUCAUGGGAUGCAUUCCCUUUGUUGACCAGUAGUAUGCCUCUGGAAAAGCACACUACUACCUGUGAAUCAUGUGGGAAAACAUUCAAGCUGACUGGAAUAGGACCUCAUCACAAGUUGUGCAUCAGGCAGGCUCACAAAAUGAAUGAAGAUCACACUCACUUUGACUUGCUUCAUUGAGCAGGUGUUCUUACUGGUGGAUCAGUGACAGGGGCCCACUGUUGAGAUGCAUGCAGAGCCAGCACCAGAGCCUGCAACAUUCUGGCCCAUGGUCAUGGAUCUUGAGCUGCCUGCCAGUGCUGAU